CAGACCAGCAACCUCCUGGUAGAAGGGACAUCACCCACCCAACUGAGCCACACAGUCUAGGGCAGAAAUCUCUUGGCUAGAGAAUUUGCAAGGCUGUUUCUACAAUUUCUGUCAGAUUGUGUUCUUUUACAUUCCAUUUUCACCUUAUUAUCUUUCCUCUUGUUACACAUCUAUUCCUGUGUGAAUUUUCAGUCUUCCUUAUUUUCACACUAGCAGACAAUUCCAUUUCAGCAAUUUGCACAUUCCUCCUUAACUUUCUUACUUUUUCUGACAUUUCACUUUAUCCCUUCACCUGGAAAGUACAUCAUCAUCUUAGACUUUCCUGAUUUAAGAGCCACAGAGAAAUAAAUGCUCCUCCUCUGAAAUAAUUGUUUGUUACUUGCUGUAAUCCAGACAGUCAUUCUGUGUACAGUGGUCUCUCUGACUUCAGUAUCCAUGUCAAGGCUGUGUUUACUUUCUCUCUGCUUUUGAAACAGAACUGGUUUUUAGUGGUGGUUUUGCUCAUAUGACUUAGACAGCAGCUUCAAACUCUGCUGUCCAAACACUUGUUAAGUCUGCUUUUACAGGUUUAGCCUGACAGUCUCUGGUUUACCUUCCCAGCAAGUAAUUAAAUGCUUCCCUUUCUCUUUUUAAGGCCUGAAAGGGCUCGGUGGUAAGCCUUUCAUCAUCAGGCUCAGCUAGAGCAGAUCUGUCAUCCUUCAGGAUCAUGAGUGUGUCCUGCUAAGUUUCAUGCCCCAUUGACCUGGAGCAGAAACCUUGUGCAGAAGCUGUAUUUACCAAGCCUAGUGUUAAGCCCUUUUCGUGAAAGAGUUAUCUGUUUUCAUUUUCUUCACUCUUAGUCUCUCAGUCUCCUGUGAAUUCAAGAUUUGAAAUCUGUUUAGGAACCGUCACUUCACAGUUCCACUAACUUGACCCUUGACUUCCUCCCAACCCCCGAGUCUUCUGGUUCCUGCCUGGGAAUUACCAUAGUAUUGUUGGUGCCUUCUACAUGCCAAACCAUGCAUUCAUGCUUCUUUGGACACUCUUAUUGGAUCCUCAGCAAACCUACAAAGUGGAGACCACUUCUGACUUGCUGCUGACAGGAGAAUGCUCAUAAACAUAGUCACACAGCAGAAAGAGGCACCGCUGGCUCCUGAGUGCUGUGUUUCCAUCCCAAAGUGGUUGAUAUCACAGCAAAUCCCACAGUUUGAAGAUGUUAAAUUUGAAGCAGCAAGUCUUUUGUCUGAACUAUACUGUCAAGAGAAUUCCGUUGAUGCAGCAAAGCCACUGCUGCGGAAAGCGAUCCAGAUAUCACAGCAGACCCCAUACUGGCAUUGCCGCCUGCUCUUCCAGCUUGCUCAACUGCACACUCUUGAGAAGGACCUGGUGUCGGCCUGUGACCUCCUAGGUGUAGGAGCCGAGUAUGCACGGGUGGUGGGAUCCGAGUACACACGGGCGCUGUUCCUGCUCAGCAAAGGGAUGCUGCUGCUGAUGGAGCGCAAGUUGCAGGAAGUCCACCCACUGCUGACCCUCUGUGGACAGAUUGUCGAGAACUGGCAGGGAAAUCCCAUUCAGAAGGAGUCUUUACGGGUCUUCUUCCUGGUCCUCCAGGUGACACACUACCUGGAUGCAGGGCAGGUGAAGAGCGUGAAGCCAUGCCUGAAGCAGCUGCAACAGUGCAUUCAGACUAUCUCCACACUGCAUGAUGAUGAGAUCUUGCCCAGCAACCCUGCCGACCUCUUCCACUGGCUGCCCAAGGAGCACAUGUGUGUGCUUGUCUACCUGGUGACCGUGAUGCACUCAAUGCAGGCUGGCUACCUGGAGAAGGCUCAGAAGUACACAGAUAAGGCACUCAUGCAGCUGGAGAAGCUGAAGAUGCUCGACUGCAGCCCCAUCCUAUCCUCCUUCCAAGUGAUCCUGCUUGAGCACAUCAUCAUGUGCAGGCUCGUCACAGGACACAAGGCCACCGCACUACAGGAGAUCUCCCAGGUCUGCCAGCUGUGCCAGCAGUCGCCCCGGCUCUUCUCCAACCACGCAGCACAGCUGCACACGCUGCUGGGCCUGUACUGUGUCUCCGUGAACUGCAUGGACAACGCAGAAGCCCAGUUCACCACAGCCCUCCGGCUCACCAACCACCAGGAGCUGUGGGCCUUCAUCGUGACCAACCUGGCGAGUGUGUAUAUACGGGAAGGAAAUAGACACCAAGAGGUACUAUACAGCUUAUUGGAGAGGAUCAACCCAGACCACAGCUUCCCUGUCAGCUCUCACUGCCUUCGAGCAGCAGCUUUCUACGUGCGUGGGCUCUUCUCCUUCUUCCAGGGACGCUACAAUGAGGCCAAGCGAUUUCUGCGAGAAACUCUGAAGAUGUCUAACGCGGAGGACUUGAACCGGCUCACAGCAUGCUCUCUGGUGCUUUUGGGCCACAUUUUCUACGUGUUGGGGAACCACAGGGAGAGUAACAACAUGGUGGUGCCUGCCAUGCAGCUGGCUAGCAAGAUCCCGGACAUGUCAGUGCAGUUGUGGUCGUCAGCCCUGCUGAGAGACCUGAACAAGGCCUGCGGGAACGCCAUAGAUGCCCAUGAAGCCGCCCAGAUGCACCAGAACUUCUCUCAGCAGCUGCUCCAGGACCACAUCGAGGCCUGCAGCCUCCCCGAGCAUAACCUUAUCACGUGGACAGAUGGCCCGCCACCCAUGCAGUUCCAAGCUCAGAACGGACCCAACACCAGCCUGGCCAGCCUUCUUUGAGACCCCUGGAGGGGGCCACCCAGCUUCUCAAGGCCUCAGUGAGGCCUAGUGUGUCCCUGAUUUCCACCCAGACGGCACUUGCGCUUUUCUCUGAGUCGUGCUGGCAUGGUGUCCCCAGGCUUCUUUCCCAACUGUCUCCAGAGCUUCCAAGUCCCCAGGGAGUGUGCAGGGCCAAUUCCCACCCUCCCAGGAAGGGCUGGCCAGCUUUACCGCUGUGAAUCAGGACCUGGUGCUGAGGCUUGCAGGUGGAAUGUUGGAGCCGACUUUCCAUAGCCAUCCUUUAAAGUGGACUUGAACUGCCAGUCCUACUACAAGUCUGAGUCACGCCUUCCUGGGACUGUAUCUGGAUAGGGAAUGCCGGGAUGGGCAACACCACUGGGGCAUUGCCACAUGACUUCCAUUGCCUGGACUUCUGUGCCAGGCUGGAGUGUUUCCUCUGCUCUCACAGCAGCUUCCAGAGCUCAGAGGCAAGAUGCUGGUUUCUGGCCCAAAAUUGGAAGGAAGAAGUGAUGAUGCACAUCAGGGACAAAAAUGCAUGUCCUGCUACAACACUUUUCCCAGCUUGCCUUUCUCUCCAGCGUCCAUCCUUCUGACAGCUAGGGCUUCUGAUCAGGGGCCCUGGAGACACAGGAACUCGCCUUCCAAACAUCUGUACCUUGGCUGGACCACUGUCUGACCAUGGGGGUGCACAUGCUGUAGACAUGGGUGUGCAUGUGUGUGCAUACUAUAGACGUGUGUGCGCAUGUGCUAUAGACACGAUUGUGCAUGUGUGUAUGUGCAUGUGGUGAUUCUCAGAGCUGGAGCCGGAGCUGAGACUCCUGUGUUUGUACCAGCUGCCUUCCCCCAUCAGUGUCUGUAUUGUGGGGUAGGAAGCAGGGGAUAGAGGAGAGGACCCUCCUCAGCCCAACUCAGGGUGCCGAACAAAGGGGUUAGGGCAGCUCUGCUGCCUCCUCUGCAGAGGAUAUUUGCAGAUGUCUGGAGCUCCGCCCACCCUGCCCUUGGGAGGGAGGAGGAAAAGGAGAUCUACCUGCCUUGGGUCUCAGGACAGUGUUGAAACCUCUUCCCAAGCUGGAUCCCCCAGAGAGUGUGCUUGGUUCUGUCCUCUUGGAUAAUCUAAGAGAUGCCCCAAUGGUGAUGGGGGGAUUGGGGGCAGUUGAGGCAGCCGCCACCUCCAGCUUCUGGCACCUGGGAGCAGCUCCCCACUGCUGAGGGCUGAUGAGUAGUCUUGCUGGCCAGGGUGGCUUGUUGGUUCAAGUCUCAUUGCCUUUGCACUGUGAUGGCUGCUUCUCGAAGCCUCUGUCUGUGAUGGAAGGAACAUUAGGAUCUGGGAUUACUCAGGUAGCUACUUGGGCCCUGAGCCUGGGUGUGCCUUAGCCACAAGCAGGACUGUCAGCAGAUCAUGCUGAGCUGGGCCACUGCCCUUACUUGGCCUGUGACAGGGCCCUGCUGCCCACUUGGGGUCCAGUGACAGGCAUGCAAGUGAGCCACCAGUCAGAGGGGCAAGCUGGCCAGGGCUUGUCCUAAGAGGACCCACCAUCCCUGUAUCACCCAGGAGAACCUAGUCCUGUCCUGUGCUGCCCAGGGCUGCCCCCUCUGCUGACACCCCUGAGCCUCUGAGGCCUGUGGAGGAGGGUAAGCCCUGUCACAAGCUGUCCCCAUUCUGUCUUCCUCCAUCAGGGGCCUUCCCCUCCACUCAAGGAAUGGAGCCCCCAUCUCGCCAUAAGCUUCGCCUACUAGCCUGGAUCCCAUACUGUCUAACUUCUCCAUAUCCACAUUAGUUCAAUCUUGCUGCACAUGUUUGUCUCUGUGUAUUUAUUUAAGAUUUUCUUUGCUUCUAGGGCAUUUUGUAUGUAGAGGAGUUGAAAGUUUUGAACCUCAAAACAAUGUCUGUCCUGAUGUUAAAGUGCUUUUAGUGACCACUCUUAUCUGUGUAUGUAAGGUUAAGGAUAACUUCUUAAGUUUACAAUUAAAAAUUUAGUACUCAGUAUUUAAUAUUCCACGCUAGCUUUAUGGAAGCCAAACCGUGUGUACGGUUUUGAACCUCCCCUUUACUGCAGCAUCUACCAAUUACAUCAAGCUGUCAUAUAUACCUUUCUGUGAGUCCAUAUUCAGUGCCUCACAAUUUCUCUCUCAAUCAUAAGAAUUUAAGACAGGUAGCAGGCCACCAGGGAGAUGUUGCACAAGUGUCCUAUAGCUAAGUGUUUAGAAUAAAACAAUUCCAAAUUCUUCAACUUAUAGGGCACAUAGUAGUAGCAGAAGGAUUUGUUGGCAGGUCAAUUACUGAGAAUUCGUUAGACCUUCAUGUGCUCUUCCCACCUCCUGUUAGUAGAAGUGGCCCUGGGCCUGCAGGUCUGGGGUGCUGGUCCUGGAAGUGCCCCUGUGUCCUCCCAAACAGCUGCCUCCCCCUGCAGGUGGCAACGGACGUGGUGAGGGUCCUUUCCCUGGGGUAAGUACUCCCUAUUCCACUUACUGAGAGCACAGGCAAGGAAAUUGGGUAAGGGCUGCCUGGCACAGUGGCUGUGCUUGUGGUUGCAUUAUUUUGUUAAAGGGUUUUUAAUAAGUAUGUUUGGCAUAAUGUCUUUUAACGGGUUUGUAAUAUGGUUUUAGCAGCCUGUAACUUCAGCUGGUGCUUUUAAUCAGGAAAACAAAUUUAUAAAUGCAAAACAUUGUUUAAGAGACAUAACCAUAGAAUAUAGCUUGUUUGUGGAUUUCUUUUUGUUUGUAUUCAAAGUAAAAUCACUUGCAGUAGCUAUUGCUCGCUGUGUCCUUA